AUGUAUGCAAGUUCUGCACAAUGCUGCAAAAACAGUGAUUCUCCAUAUGGCUCUGUCAAAUUACGACAUAUCAAUUAUGGUGAAGAGGGGAGACCUCUGAGUUCCUAUAACCGUUUGUCUAGAAGAUUCAACAGAGAAAGUGCUUCUAACUUUCCGGAUCUUCCAGCUGCUUAUUUUGAGAAUUUUUCUGGCGUGAAUCCAGUUCUUACGGUUGCCCUAACACCUGUACCCAAAGUUGAUUAUAGUGUGACAAAGGGCGGCGCAAGAACUUGGAUUGUUCUAUUGGUUUUCAUAUUCUUAUGCUCUAGUCUGUAUACAAUUUUCUCCGCAAAAGAAGCUGGAGAUUCGCAUCAUGAUCUCACACGACACUCAUCAGUAGAUGAUGAUGAUGUUCCUGUCUACAACCAUCCUGCAACCGAUGACAACGAUGACGAUGAUGAUGACGACGAUGAGCCCCCGCAGCCCAGUCAGCGAGCCGGCAAGAAACAUGAGCAGCAGACGACGCAGCAAAAAACAACACCGCCGCCAGCUCAAGUGACGGAUUCAGAUGAUGAAGACGACGAGGAAUCAAACGAGCAGACGUUAGGAGGAAGACUCUUUGCGGGGCUUAGAAAGAAGAUUACUGAUCGGUUAAACGAGAAGUCCGUGAAAGAAGAGCCAAAAACUAAAAGUGAUCAAGUUUUGAAUCCAAGAGAACUCCGGAAACUAAAGAAACAACAGAAGAACGUGAAGGUUGAGAAUUUGAAGGAAGAUGAUGAUGACGAUAACGAUAAUGAUGAUGACAAUGAUGUAGAAGAGCCAGUACCACAAAAGCCAUCCAGCAAGCAAAAAGCGCACAAUCAAAAGGAAGAGAAAAAGGAGAAGCAUAAAAAGUACCAACCUGUCAAAGAAGAGCCAGAUCUUGACGACGACGACGAUGAAGAUGAUGAUGAUGACGAUGAUGAUGAUGACGACGACGAUGAUGAGGAGGAUGAUGGGAAGGAUGAAAAUAAGGAAGAUGAUGGAGACGACGACGACGAUGAUGAUGAUGGCGAUGACGAUAAAGAUGGAGAAGAAGGCAAAAAGAAGGUGUCCGAGUCCAAAUCUGAUAAGAAAGUUGAGCAGAAAGACGACGAUGAUGAUGAGCCUCAUGUUUCACAUCGUGAAGCUCAGCGUCUCCGUCGCCAACACAUGCGAGAGAGUCGGAAGGAGAAUCGUCCACGCCAUGGAGGCAAAAGAGAAUGCAUUCAUCAGGAUUGCCCUGGUCAUGAGAGUUUGAAGCCAAGAAAGUCAUUGUUGAUACAGAAGAAGAAGAAGUCAAUGGUCGAAAAUAUUCUGGAUGACGAGUUCGAUGAAGACGACGAUGAUGAUGACGAUGAUGAGGAGGAGAGAGCGGAAAAUGAUAGAGAUGAUGAUGACGAUGACAAUGAUGAUGAUGUGGAUGAGAGACUCACAGAUAAAGAAAGCAGUAGCUCCUACAAACGUCACGCCAUCACAACAAAAGAAGAAAUCGGAUUCCGUGACAUUCUAGACAGAGCGGAUAACCUUGUUGAGAAGCAUCAGUAUGAAGAAGCAAUGGAACUGUUCGAUCAUGUCAUCGCAGUCUACCCAGCUUCUACUAGAGCAUACUUUGGAAAAGCUCGCGCCUAUGACAUUCGAGGAGAGAUAGAAGCAGAUGAAACGGAUAGAGAUAAAGCAAUUGAGAUUUAUGAAAAGAUUCUGGACAAUAGCGGUGUACCUGAUGCUCUUUUCAGUUUCAUUCAUUGGGUUCUUUACAGACAAGCUGCUCAACGUCUCAUUGAGAAAACUAGAUUCCGUGGUCAACUUCACAAAACUCUGAAUGCUCAUCGUGUCUUUAUAGAUCGAUUCCCAGAGGAAUUGAACUUGCAAACUGAUUUCGCAGUAUCAUUUGUGAUGAUGAAAAGAUACGAAGAUGCGCGAAUGGUACUGAGAAAUGUGUUGGCCAAUGAUCCAAAUCAUGUGAUUGCAAUGGCUUAUUAUGGAUACAUUUUGAAGGCUCACGAUGACAAAGUAGAACAAGGAGUGGCAUUGAUGAGGAAAAGUCUGAAACUUGCUGACAACGAAAUCACUGAUCCCAAAUUCUACUAUCAACUUGGACACGGUCUCACCACACUUGGCAAAAAAUCAGAAGCCGAUGCAGUUUACCAAAAAGCUGCUCAGAUGGGAGUGUUCAUGACUGCUCAACAGAGAAGCUUGUAUAAUAUCGAAGGACUCACCGGAAGAGCUUGGUGGAAUAUGGAUCAAACUCCAUAUUCGAAAUUCUUGAAAACUGUAGAACGACAGUGGGCAACCAUUCGACAAGAGGGAAUGGAAGUUUUGAAAGAUUGUAAUGAUUGUUGGUUAGACAAUAACCAACAAUUGGUGAUAGACGGACAAUGGAAAUAUUUCCCAAUUAUGUCAGAACAACAUUUUGUUAAAUCUAGCUGUGAACGAAUGCCACAAACUUGUUUGAUCCUCCAAGAGUUUGCUUCUUCCAGCAAUGCCAGUAAAUCAGAGAUGUAUCUAUCAGUGCUAUCAUCCGGUGCAUCCAUUUUACCACACUGUGGUCCUACCAACUACCACCUUCAAGCUCAUUUAGGUCUUGUGUCUCCUUCAGAAGCCAGGAUACGAGUGGGGAAUGAAACAAAAGGAUGGAGGUCUGGAAAGUUCAUAAUAUACGAUGACAGUUUUGAACACGAGCUCCAAUUCGACGGCGCUUCUUCAUCAUCGUUCCGACUGGUUCUCAUCCUUCAGCUUUGGCAUCCCGAAGUGCAACCCCAUCAACGCGUUCUGUCAUUCCUUACAUAG